CAUGCGUAGUGUUUGUGAUACACAAGUCACCAACUCUCUGUUAAGCUUGUCAUCCACAUAUCCAAAUCGACAGGGCAGGGGGCUGUUCCUGUAAGCAACCCGUCUCAAAUCUUCUGCCUCAAAAACACACUUCAACUGAAAUUAUAGAAAAAAUGUCAAUACCAUCUUCUGUUACUUGUCUUCACUCUCCAUUUCUUUUGUGUCCUCUAAAGCUUUCUUCACAUUCCACUGCUUCUUUUUCUGCGAGAAACCGACUGUCACCACCGUCCUAUCCACGCAUUAGAGCUAUCGAUCUUGAUCAAAACACGGUAGUGGCAAUAUCAGUUGGGUUUGUGAGCAUCGCUGUUGGGAUUGGUAUUCCAAUGUUUUAUGAAACCCAAAUCGACAAUGCUGCUAAGCGAGAAAAUACUCAGCCGUGCUUCCCCUGCAGUGGUUCCGGUGCUCAGAGAUGCAGAUUUUGUAUGGGAAGCGGCAAUGUUACUGUGGAGCUAGGUGGGGAUGAAAAAGAAGUAUCACGGUGCAUCAAUUGUGACGGUGCAGGUUCUUUGACAUGCACCACUUGUCAAGGCUCUGGAAUUCAACCUCGAUAUCUUGAUCGCAGAGAAUUCAAAGAUGAUGACUGAAGAUCAACAAGAAAAUGCUUGCCAUGGUUUUGGAGUCUAGGCAGCUAACAAGUAACAGAGGCCAAAGUUGAGCACCGAGGAAAGAUGGAACAAUCCCUUUUCUUUUCUUUCUUUCUUUUUUGUGAAACACCUUAUUUAUUUAUAAGAAUAUGUUUUUCCCUUCUUUUGUCAUAA